AGUCCCGGGAGCCGGAGGAGGCGCCGGCUGUGGAGAGCUGAGCGCCGGAGCCCGUGGCGGGCGGGAGCGCGGGCCAGAGCCGCUGAGGUCAAGAGGCAGCUGCCAUUGCAAGAUAGUGAGUGACUGUUUCCACGACAGCAAGCAUCAGGGGAGCAGCCAGAAGCAUUGACGGGAAACUUCAAUCACCUAAAUGACUGAGAAUGGUCUCCAACUGCCAAAGAAGGUUGUGGAUGCCAAGAGAAAGGUAACCGUUUCUCAUCCCCUCGAGUGGAAUUGGUUGCCUCUGGGAGCCCACAUUGGCUGGCAGUAGACAUGGCUGAGUUUACAAGCUACAAAGACACUGCUUCCAGCCGCCACCUGCGGUUCAAGUUACAGAGUCUAAGCCGCCGCCUUGAUGAGUUGGAGGAAGCCACAAAAAACCUCCAGAAAGCAGAGGAUGAGCUCCUGGACCUCCAGGACAAGGUGAUUCAGGCAGAAGGCAGCAACUCCAGCAUGUUAGCCGAGAUUGAAGUGCUGCGCCAGCGAGUGCUGAGGAUUGAAGGCAAAGAUGAGGAAAUCAAGAGAGCAGAGGACCUCUGUCAGCUGAUGAAGGAGAAGCUUGAAGAGGAGGAAAACCUCACCCGGGAGCUGAAAUCUGAGAUUGAGCGGCUUCAGAAACGGAUGGCGGAACUGGAGAAGCUAGAGGAGGCCUUCAGCAGGAGUAAGAAUGACUGCACCCAGCUCUGUCUGAGCCUGAAUGAGGAGAGAAACCUGACGAAGAAGAUCUCCUCGGAGCUGGAGAUGCUCCGGGUCAAAGUGAAAGAACUGGAGUCUUCCGAGGACCGGCUGGAUAAGACCGAGCAGGGUUUAGUGUCCGAGUUAGAGAAGCUGAAGUCACUCACUCUGAGCUUCGUCAGCGAGAGGAAACACUGGAAUGAAAAGGAGAAGGAAAACGAGAAACUCAUAAGAGAGCUUACUCAGAAAUUAGAGCAGAACAAAAAAAUAAACCGGGAUUACGCCAGGAAUGCUUCUAAUCUUCUGGAGAGGAACGACCUGCGGAUUGAAGAUGGGAUCUCUUCCACACUGCCGUCCAAAGAAUCAAGAAGGAAGGGCGCUCUGGACUAUCUGAAGCAGGCCGAGAAUGAAACAAGAAACAAGUCAGAAAAUGAAAAGAACCGAAAUCAGGAAGACAACAAAGUAAAAGACCUUAACCAAGAGAUUGAGAAACUUAAGACACAGAUCAAACAUUUUGAAUCUAUGGAGGAAGAGCUUAAGAAAAUGAGGGCCAAAAAUAAUGAUCUUCAGGAUAAUUACCUAAGUGAACAAAAUAAAAACAAACUCUUAGCCAGCCAGCUGGAGGAGAUAAAGCUACAAAUCAAGAAACAGAAAGAAUUAGAGAACGGGGAGGUGGAAGGGGAAGACGCUUUCCUCUCCAGCAGAGGCAGGCAUGAGAGGACUAAGCUUAGAGGCCAUGGGAAUGAGGCAUCAAUGAAGCACACGGCCCGGGAACUGUCCCCUCAGCAUAAGCGGGAAAGGCACCGGAACAGGGAAUUGGCUCUCAACAAUGAAAACCCUCUGAACAACAGGCAGGUUUCCUCUCCCAGCUUUACCAGCAGGAGGGCAGCCAAAGCUUCCCACGCAGGGCCAGGUGCAGACAGUGGGGCUCAGGAGACGAGGAGAGCCGAAGAUCGAUUCACGUCUGGCUCCUCGCAGAGCGAAGGGAAGAAGUCCAGGGAGCAGCCGUCGGUGCUCAGCCGCUACCCGCCGGCCGCUCAGGAGCACAAUAAGGGCUGGAAGGGCGCUCCCAAGCCAGGUGCUGAGAGUGGGUUGAAGGGAAAAGUAGAGAAGGCAACACGAACGUUUAGUGAUAACACCCAUGGAUCUGUUUCCAAUGACGUGCUGGGGAGAGGUGACAAGGCUUCCGACACCUCCACUGAGGCCCCCUUUGGCAAGAGGGGGCAUGUGCCUGGCAGUGGGAGUCAAACAACGCCGGCUGCAGAUUCUGGCAGCUCUAAAGCCGUUGGAGCCCUGGCCACAUCGCGACGAUCUUCCUCAGAAGGGCUCUCUAAGGGGAAAAAGGCGGCCAGUGGCCUGGAGGCUGACACCAGUUUCCCCAGUUCCAAGACUCCACCUCUAUCAAAGUAUCCGUAUAGCUCCAGGAGCCAAGAGAACAUCCUUCAGGGCUUUUCAACCUCAAGUAAAGAAGGAGUUGAACAACCUGUGGCAGUUGUGAUGGAAGACAGUAGUCAGCAUGAGGCCCUGAGGUGUCGAGUCACCAAGUCCAGUGGCAGAGAGAAGCCAGACUCGGACGAUGACAUGGACGUGGUGUCUCUUGUUACUGCCAAGUUGGUGAACACGACCAUCACUCCAGAGCCAGAACCCCCGCAGCAGCCCCACGCGAGAGAAAAGGCCAAAUCCCGGGGGGUUAGAGCCUCCCUGUUUGAGAAUGAUAAAGACGUGGGAACAGAAAAUGAAUCUGGGAAAGCUGUCAGAGCCUCCACCAAUGCCAUGGAGCUCCCAGAGGCCAACGGCCCCGGGGCAAAAAGCCAGCGGCCCUUCAGCCCCAGAGAGGCCUUGCGGUCUAGAGCCAUCAUCAAACCUGUCAUCAUUGAUAAGGAUGUGAAAAAAAUCAUGGGAGGAUCUGGAACUGAGGCCGCAUUGGAAAAACAGAAAUCUGCUUCCAGACCAGGGCCAAACAAAGUGACCAGCAGCAUAACUAUCUACCCCUCGGACAGUGGAAGCCCGCGAGCCGCUCCGGGUGAGGCCCCGCGGGAGAGGCACACGUCCACCGGCAACAUCCAGGUGGGGCUGCCGGAGCCCGCCUCAGUGAGCAACCACGUCAGCGCCCCCUUUGAGCUCUCCAUCCACAAACACGACAUCACCCUGCAGUUCAGCGAAGCGGAGAGAACGGGAGAUGGGUCCCCGAAGAACAGGCCGGAAACUGUGGUCUCUCGGAGCAGCAUUAUAAUCAAGCCGUCGGACCCCGUGGAGAGGAGCAGCCACGCGCCCACAGCGGAGACGAUCAGGUGGAAGAGCCACAGUGCGCCUUCAGAAGCGGGCGCUUCGGAUGCCAGACACGUCACUGUGCGCAACGCCUGGAAGAGCAGACGAGACGUGAACUCUUCAGAAGACUCCCCAGGUCGGGUAGGUAAACACGCGGAGUCUCCCAACCUCCACACCCAGAGAUCGUCCACAGACUGUUCAGACUUUGAGCAGCCCGGCUCGUACCUUUCUGAGCAGGGCACUCGAAGGAGCGGCACCUCUGGGGAUGCCCCCGAGCUCGCCUGCAGAAGGACCCACAGCAGCCUCACUGUGUCGGAGGUGUUCGCGCGGCGGAGUCGGGCAGGGGACGCCGUCCCAGCUGAGGCCUGGAACCACUCGGUGAGCAUGGAGGAAGGGGACGACUGCACCCUCAGCGUCUACAGGCGACUGCACAACUCCCUCGAGAGGUCUGAACUGUCCGUGAAGCAGGGGCCGACGGAGCCCGGGCGCACGCGGGCUGAGGAGCGGUUGCGGCCCACCAGGCCCUGUGCCGAGGACAACUGAGCCGGCCGGGCGACGCCUGCCAUCUCCUCUGCCCCUGCUUCUCAGCUCAUCCACCUUUGUGCCCUGUGAAGGAGCCAGGCCAUGGCUGGGAGACUGUGCCGGAGAGCCCGGCUGUGGCCUGUUGCUUGCCAGUUGGCCAGAGGGGAUCAGAAACUACACGUGGGACAUGGUCACCCGGGCCCAGCCUUCCCUGAUGCAUGAGUUUUCUCUCCUUGUCCCUGUGCCCCGGGUAGGAUGGGCCAGUCCGGCCCCCAAAUGAGGAAAGAUCUAGAGAACCCCUUGGAUCCCCACCACACAACAGCAGCCAAAUCUCCUCCCAGCUCCUGGGUGGGUUGUGUCGUUGGGCAACCCCUUCUGUGUGGUUAACGUUCUGAUUCCUUAGUAUCCUCACCGCAUCCAGCUCACUCAUCAUUUGCCCAAGGGGCCUGCGCACCCACCAGCCAUCAGCUCCAUCUGGGGGGCCUCCGUUUCUUCCCCGGUGGAGCUCCUCAGACUUUUACAGUGAGAGAGAUCUGUGUCGCCUCUAAGCGUUUACGGAACUACCCUUUAGGUUGACGUUUCUCUGACUUGUCCCCCUGGCUGACCAUUGUUUUCCGGGGGCAGAGCACACGGGUACCCUGCCUACUGGAAUGGCAUCAUCCCUCCCCGCCAACCCCGGCUCUCUGCUCACCUUCCAAAGGCACCUGGAAGCGCACGAGCCUCACGCGUCUCCCUCCCUGGCCGCCAACUGUGCUGCUGGCCUGGCCUGUACCUCCCCUGCAGCUGCUGCGUUAUCUCCUCCUCUGGAAUAUUCCCAGACUCCACUGGGCCAGACCCAGCAUCCUCUACCUUCUAGGAAGUGCCAGCGUGGGGGAAAGUGGACAGGAAGAAGCAGUUUCCCUUUAGUCACUCCAUAAAGCAAUAGCUCCAUGAAAAAGGCGUGGACUCUGUUCAUCCUCCUGAUCCCUGUGGAGGAGGUAUCGCACUUUACCAAGUUGAUGCAUUCCUACCAGAAGCGGGCCCAUGAGUUCUGCAAACCAACGAUCGUUGUGAUGACUUCAUUGGAGGAAAGGUAAUACGUGCCCAUCAAGAGCCCCAGGUUUAUACAAUUCAGAAUGCAGCAAACCUUUCAGGAAGCCACAUAAAUAAAAAUUGAUUACAGUUUCCUUAU